CACUACAGCCCCGAGGAGGGUCAGUGGGUGGCCCCAGGCCCAUUUUUCGGGGUGCUGGCCUGGAACGGCUCGCGGGGCACGCGGGACCUGCAGGAUCUCUCGGUGCGUUUGGAGCGCGUCGGCCGCGCCCACGCCGGGAUUUACGUCUGCCGCCUGCGCCGCAACCUCACCUUCGAGGGCUACACCUACAGCCUGGCCAGGAACCAGACCCUGCGGCUGGCCGUCGUCGAGAAGGGUACUGGGAUGGACUGGGAUAAACUGGGAGGAAAAAAUCCCGUGUUUUUAGGGCAAAAAAUGGGAUUUUUACGUUGAAAAAUGGGGAUUUUA